AUGUGCCUGGGACGCUGCCCGGCUCACGCUUCCGUGCUCGGCAGCACCACCUGGCGGCCGCAGUGCAGUGCCGCGCUGCAGGAUGAGCGCCUGACAGCAGGCAGGAGGACUGCAGCGGGAGGCCGAGCAAAGCCUGUCCUGGAGCGCGGCACCCUGAGAACCAAGGCUAAGGGGCUCCUGGUGGCCUAUGUUCUCUAGGCCCUGGGGAGCCCUGUCGGCCUCCACCAUUAUCUAUACCUGGAAAGGGACAGCCAUGCCUUGCUGUAGGUGCUUACCCUAGGGGCGGUAGGCUAGGUUGAGUUCUAGAAGCUUCCAAGACUUGUAGCUGAAUCCAACAGGGCCUGGAGGCAGAAGCAGAAGCCAGGAGACACUCCACCACCACCCAGCCCCAGUCUCAUUCGCUUUGCAACUCAGAUGAUAGUGCGCAGCUAUCUUGGCCUUGUAGCUCUGAUUAGUCCUUCUCCCAUGGCCAACUUCUAUACUGUAGACCUCCCACUGUCAGUUGUAAAGGUCUUGCUGAUAGCUGCUUAUGGCAACCAGACUUCAGACUUUAAGAGCACUCUAGGUGUGGCAUUCCUUACUUCCCCUGUCUUCUAUGGCCACCCCACAGCCCUUCUGCCCAGCAGCUUGGCUGCCAGCAUCACAGCCCAGAAGCACUGUAGAUACAAACCCUCAGCAGAGUUGGAAACUCUUAGUGUGUGGCUCUACAUGGACUUGGCCUACCUCACUUUCAGAGGCCUGCUGGCAUACAGUGCCUUGUGUCACACAGCUGCCACCUUCCACUAUGUGACAGAAACCCCGAGCUCCUUCUUGAGUGGGCACAGCUUCUUUUCCCUUCCAGGCCAUCUUGUUGAUAGGUUUUUCCCAGGCAUACAAUUUCUACUAUCCUUCAUCAAGUCCCUCCUCCCACAUUUUUGGAUCUGGUGGCUCCUGGCUGGGAAUCCUGGACUCCACAGCAGCUACUUCCAGGCAUGAGAGUUCUGUGAAUUUCUUCACAGCUUUCAGAAUGAGAAGCAUCAGCUGGCUUACCAGGUUUUAGGCCUUUCAGAGAAGGCAACAAAUGAAAAAGUAUGGUGUUACAAAACGCUAGUGAGAGUCUGGCACCCUGAUCACAACCAGCAGCAGACCGGCGUCAGCUCAGGAGGUCUAGAGGGGCCCAGAGGUGAGAAGCAGCGUCCUCUGAGCAUGGACUCUGCCCUGGAGAGCUGGGCUGCUCGUCCCAAGCCUGGCUUUGCCAUAAGGGGCACCCCAGCAGUGUUAAAGAACUGCCUGCUUAACAUAAAGAAGAAAACCAAAGCAAAACCUGCUGCAGAAAUAAGACAUAAUAACCCAGAUGCCAGUAAAUUAGUUUCCAUUCAAGAAGAGCAAUCUGUACCUUCCUCAGAGAAAGGUGGCAUUAGUGGUUACCAUGUCAGUGGUGUCAUCGAUGAUGCUGAGUCUGUGGACCUGCUCAGCAAAGGUUUGGAGACACUGUCAGUAGAGGCCAGAGAGUCAGAAGAGCCUGAGGCGGCCAUGCCAGAUACACUGGACAGAACAGGAUCUGUUCUGGAGAAUGGUGUCUCCACCUCUGAGCCCAAGCCUCUGACUACCUAUUCUAUUCAGAAUGUGUUCAGCACUCCAGGAAUGCUGAUAAAUCUCCAUCAAGACCCACCUUGUGACCUCACUUUUCAAAUCUUGGGAUAG